AACAAUUUAGUUCCAAUCUUACCCCACAAAGUCCUCCAACUAAGAAAUUUAGAAUGUGGGUCACUUACAAUACUUUUAGGAAAGCUGUGCAACCUUUGUAAAAAGUGGAGCACAUCAAAUGGUUGCAAUUGUGGCUGCAUCAGCCAUAUUUGUGCAUAAUUUCCCGCAAUAUCAACAAUCUUGAUGAGACUAAACACGACUAUAAUUUAAAACCUUGUGCCUAUGAGAUCAAUUAUGAGUAUUUGAUGCAUAGUUAACCAUGCAGGAGGAAAUUGACGGUUCCAACGAAUACAACAAUUUCCAGCAUGGCUCAAUUAACACUACUCUGCAGCUUAUCCAGGACUUGGAAAACAUUGACGUUGUUUUCCAUAUUGGAGAUAUAUGUUAUGCAAAUGGUUACCUUUCUCAAUGGGAUCAAUUUACAGCACAGGUGGAGCCAAUUGCAUCAGCUGUGCCCUACAUGGUUGCAAGUGGGAAUCAUGAGCGAGAUUGGCCUGGAACAGGAUCCUUUUACGAGAACAUGGAUUCUGGAGGAGAAUGUGGUGUGUUGGCACAGACUAUGUUCUACACCCCUGCUUCAAACAGGGCUAAGGUUUGGUAUUCAAUUGACUAUGGCAUGUUCCGCUUCUGUAUCGCUGACACUGAACAUGAUUGGAGAGAAGGAACAGAACAAUACAAGUUCAUUGAGCAUUGUUUCGCUUCAGUUGACAGACAAAAACAGCCGUGGCUAAUUUUCCUUGCACAUAGGGUACUUGGAUACUCCUCUUGUAUCUGUUAUGCAGAAGAGGGAUCAUUUGCUGAACCAAUGGGGAGAGAGAGCCUUCAAAAGCUAUGGCAGAAGUACAAGGUGGACAUUGCCGUAUAUGGCCAUGUGCACAAUUAUGAGAGGACAUGCCCCAUAUACCAGAAUAUCUGCACUAAUGAAGAGAAAUACCACUAUAAGGGAACCUUAAAGGGGACAAUACAUAUUGUUGCUGGUGGUGGUGGAUCUAGCCUUUCAACAUUUACUUCCCUCAAAACCAAAUGGAGCAUCUUUAAAGACUAUGACUAUGGAUUUGUAAAACUAACUGCUUUUGAUCACUCAAAUUUGUUGUUUGAGUACAAGAAGAGCCGAGAUGGGAAGGUUUAUGACUCCUUCAAUAUAUCACGUGAUUAUAGAGACAUAUUGGCCUGCACCAUGGAUAGUUGCCCAAGUAUGACAAUGGCAUCUUGA